CCACGAGCACGUACGCACGGCACCUGGCGCCAGGGACGACGACGACCGCUAUGGACGACACCGCCGGCGAGGUGACGUGCGUCGACUUCUGGGCGAACGGCUUCGGGAUGCGGACGCGGAUCGCGCUGCGGGAGCUCGGCGUCGCCUUCCGCUACGUCGAGGAGGACCUCCGCGUCCGGGAGCGGAGCGAGCUGGUGCGCCGGAUGAACCCCGUCCACCGCUCCGUCCCCAUCCUCGUCCACGGCGGCCGCCCGGUCUGCGGCUCCGUCAACAUCCUCGAGUACAUCGACGAGACCUGGGGCAAGGAUGAUGGUGGGCCCCGCUUGCUCCCCCAUGACCCGCUUCAGAGAGCCCACGCACGCUUCUGGGCUGACUUCGUUGACCAAAAGGUGUUCAGCACACAGACAAGGUUUCUGAAGAGCAAGGGUGAGGAGAAGGAGGUGGCGAAGCAGGAGCUCCUUGACCAGCUCAAGCGUCUUGAGGAGGUGCUCGGGGAUAAGACCUUCUUCGCCGGCGACGAGUUCGGCUUCCUGGACGCCGUCCUCAUCCCGUUCUCGAGCAUGUUCCAUGGGUACGAGCAGCACGGAGGUUUCAGCCUCGAGACGGAGUGCCCGAACCUGAUGCGGUGGGUGAGAAGGUGCAAGGAGAGGGGGAGCGUGAAGAGCGUCCUCCCCGACGAAGAUGAGAUGUACGAGCUGCACAAGAAGUGGUAUGGUAUAGAAUGAACUGGUGUGAUGACGUCACGACGGUAAAAUGUUGGGCUUUGUUUAGUUGGAGUCUUGGUCUACCUGUCCCUAUCAUACAUUGGCCUUCAUACGCGUGUCUUGUGUUUGGCUUUUUUUUUUUACCGUUCCUUGUGUUGUCACAGCGGACUAGGUUUAUCAGUAUGUAAAAUAGUCAAAAUGUGCCAUGGAAAAGACGAUGCAUUUGGCAA